GCCGCUUGUGGUCGCGCGCAACGUCGUCGAUGACAUCGCGCUGCAGGCAGUCGUCACGGAGCGGCUGGUCGCUGCGCAGCUGGGCACUGCUGGGCUGGAAGUGGCCUGUAUCCUCCGUGGCCAGCACCUGCCCAUCAGUGCCUCCAAGACGACCUUCCUCGCCUCGAGUCCAAGCCUUGGGCGUCAGCUGGGCGAGUACUGGAGGUCGCAGGGCUGGACCUUCCGCAAGACCUCGCAGGCCAGGAACCUCGGCGCGGACGCCACCAUCACGAGGCGAGGAAUGCAUGAGGGCCGAGUACGAGCUGCUGGGGCACUUCGCCGUGCACGCAGGCUGGGCUGCUUGCGUGCCGUUGGCGUGGAUGCGGACCUCACCCACAAGGCUGGACCCACAGCCAGCAUGGCGUGGGGGCGCACAGUCACGGGCAUCGCUGACGGCGAGCUGCACAGCUGGAGGAGGAGGCGUGACCUGGACCCUGCAGUCCUCACGGCUUGCCAUGCAGUCCAGAUGCUGGCGAGCCUCCUGCAGUCAGACGAGCUGCCGCGCAGGAUAAUGGCGCGGGGGCUGGAGUCGGCGGCAGCCAGGCACGCGAGUGCCGACGCGCUGUGGAAGCACUGCGUCUCCCCCAUCGACGCGGCAGUGCUGACUCUCGCACGGAUCGGCUGGCACUUCAAGUCCGAGCGGUACCUCGUCGCGGACCUCGGCGACGAGCUCGACCUCUUGCUCAUCGGGCCUCGGGAGCUAGGCCUGGAGGCUGGCCUCGGCGCCAGCGAGCUGAGCGCGAGGGAGCAGAGUGCGUUUGUGGCCGGCAUCUCCAACACGCACUGGGCGCAGGCCAGGCUCUUUGAUGCAGGGGGGCGGGGGCGCGCGCGUUGUGGCCGCUGCGGAGCCGAGCGAGGCACCGCGUGGCACCGCCUGUUCGAGUGCCCUGCGCUGGAGCCCCAGCGGCGCGACGGAGCGCCCGCACGGCUGAAGAGGUGUGCAGAGCGAGCGCGGGCCCACGGGGGGUGUGCAGGCGAGAACUUCGCCCGCCGUUGGCUGUCUGCCCCAGAGCCGCCGCAGGGUCGCCGCACAGACGCUACGUGGGUGCAGUGGGUCUGUAGGCCAGCCGAUGAUAAGCUCAACGGCAAGCUGAACCUUGAUGGCUCGGCCCUCGGGCCGCAGUUCAGUGCUUUGCGCCGCGCAGGCUGGGCCAUUGCACAGUGCGACGGCGACGGCAACCUAGUCGCAGGGGUGUGCGGCACCGUCAGGCGAGACCUCUGCCCGCAGCAGACGGCCAAGGAUGGCGAUGACCUCGCAGUAUGGAUGCUCGCCACCUCCGCAGGGCCAGCGGUUGAGGAGGUCAACAUCGACUGCAGCUCCACCGUGACCUGCCUGCGCAGAGGACGUGCAUACGCCACGGUGCCUAGCUGGGCCAAUGCCCAUAUGUGGGGCAGGAUCCUGGCGUGCCUCGAGCCAGGAACCUUCGAGGUGAAGAAGGUGCCAGCCCACUGGUCGAUGCAGGCAGUGCUCGAUGGGCUCCUGACGGAGGCCCAGCGGCGUGGCAGCGAGCAUGCUGAUCGCCUUGCCAAGAUGGGCCCCCAGAUGCAUGUGGUGGACAGGCAGACGGUUGGCGAGCACCACGCGCUGGCGGAGAUCGUGCUGGUACGCUUCGCCGCUGCCGAGGCGUCGCAGGCGGCAGUGGAGGCCGCUAGCACCGCGCCGAGGGCCAAGCGGCCGCGCCUGGAGAGCGCCCGCUCGGCUGGCAGCAGCUCAGCCGCCCUCUCGGCCAGCGCUGUAGCCUUCAGCAUCCUGGGGCACGCCCUCUCCUACGCCUGCGCUGGAGAAGGUGACGAGGCCCAAGAGCCCGUGACGUGCACCAAGUGCGGCGCCUACAUGGCGUUGGGAAGUCGCUCUGGAGUGAGGCCUCGCCUCAAGGAGCGGUGCCCAGGCGACAAG